AUGAUCUCGACUUUUCCUCCCCCUCGUCCCGUGUCCGUCAACUCGCUGGCCAGAGCGUCGGCCUCGACCACCCUUCCCUAUGCCAAACCAAACCGAUGCACCAGCGCGGAGAUUCAGCUUCCCGAGGGACCCGUUCCCUCCGCGGCGGUGGGGCUGGUCGUCUGUCAUCAGGGCCCGGUGGAUACCGAGAUGGAGGAUACUGAUAGCAGUCCCCCGAUAAGCGUCGAGACGCCGCAGGCUUGCCAUUCCGGGAUCCGGUUCGAAGAUCUGCCCAUCGAGAUCCACGAGGCGAUUCUGGACUAUCUGUUCGGUGAACGAGCAUCCGCCUUCACCUCGUGCACUUGGGGCAAGUCCGCGCGCAGUUGGAAUCGGUCGUUGCGUCAUCCCCGUCGCAAGGCGCUCUCGAAUCUGUCGUUGAUCACACCGGUGUGGAGAGAGCUGGUGCAGGAUCGGAUCUACCGACAUAUUAAAAUCAAAGGCACCGCAGAUGAGUUGGCGGCAAGCGCACGCUGGUUCCGUGCACACCCCCACCUGGCCCCUUUCGUCCGCCAUGUCGAAAUCUGGAUCCCGGUCUGGGGCAAACGCGCGGCCAAGCACUUCGCUCAGCCGCAGCAUCAGCAGCAGCCCCCGUCACGGCGGUUCAAUGACGAAGAUGUGGGCUUCGCCGACCCGGCCGCGUUGCAGAGUGCGAUUGUAUGGGACGACUCAGACACGAAUCACGGCGGCGGCAGUGACUACCGCUACCACUACGCCAGCCACAAUGCCACGCUGGAGGAGAUGUUCUCGCACGUGCAGACCUGCUUCCCGCAGGCGCGCAUCCUGACGCUGGAAGGGGGCCACUGCAAGCGGCCGCCGAUGGUGCGGCAUUUCCGGGACGAUCCGUGCGGACACUCGGGGCGACGGCGCCUGCCGGAGCUGCCGGACAUCCAGACGUUCGUGAUGCGCGGCGCGUGGAACAUCAUGCGCGACUACCAGCACUGGGCCAACAUGUCGCAGGCGCUGCCCAACGUGCGCGAGUGGCACUGCGCCUACGCCAAGCCCAAGAUCGAGGGGUACGAGACGAUCGCGGAGGUGCUGCUGCGGCUGUCGCCGUCGCUGGUGCACGUCAACAUCAGUCUGGAGGGAUUCUACAACAAGGACACGUCGCAGACCGGGUGGACGCACGACGGGAUCACCCCGCCGCACCUCUGCCGACUGCUGGGCGAAGCGGCGCCGCGGCUCGAGUCCCUGGCGUUCACCGGUAAGGUGUGCGCCGGCCUCUUCCAGGCGACACGCAACGCCAUGGCCACGCGGCCGGCCACCAACAAAUCGCGACUGAAAUCGCUGGACCUGGUCGUCAAGACGUGCUGCCGCGAGAAGAAGACCGUAGCCCCCGGCCUGGCGUUCCUGGACGACUUCUCCGGCAUCACGAACCUGAACUUCAUCCGCUCGUUCGAGAAACUCGUCCUCGGCGCCGUGCACAGCCUGCAGCUGCACCCGCGUCUGGACGCCAUGCGCAUCCGCUUCAUCGACCUCGACUCCGCCUGCCCGCCGCUCAACCCGUACUUCCAGCUGCUCGACGGCCAGUGCACGGGCCUGUGGAGCGAGCGCAUCCUGGAGACCCUGCACGAGGCCCGGCCCGAGGCUCACUACCUGGAACUCUCCGACGGCAUCUACCCGCAGUACGGUCACAACCGGCAGAUCGUGGGCGCCGUGUACCCGCGCACGCGGCCUUUGAGUAUCCACGCCUCGACGUAUAAGGUGAUAGCCGAUGUAUCUAAGCCGUAA